ACACACACACACACACAGAGCUGCUUUGUCCGCUGUGAGGUUGGAGGUUUGGGGACUCUGUGCCCACUAAGCUACUUUCGAUUUCAAGUGCCUGUAUGUCUGAGGCUGGGUUUGAAGCCUCCAGCGUGUUUGGAGUUAAUCCCCAUUAGGUUGGACUCCGCCCCUUUCUCCCAAAGGUAAAGCAAGGUUUUCAGGCAUCACUGCAAAGGGCAGCUAGUAUUCCCAUCCUUGUCUAACAAGCUGUGAGGAGAAGUUGUUUCUGAGAUCUGAGCCUGAAGAGAGGGAACAAGUCAGUCAGCCUUCGUGGUCAGAAGCCUAAAGACCAUAGAACUCUAAAUCAGGCAGAAGGAAGGGAAGGUGGGAAAAGUACUGAAAAGCAAAAUCCCACAGGGAUCCAAAUGGUCCUCGAGAGAAUAAUCUUAUCCAGAAGCAAUGACCAAGUGGCACAUAAUUGAGCCCCAGGACUGGCCAACCAGAUGAAAAAUAGGCCAGUGGAGCCUACAUGGUAACUUACUGCAUUUGGUGCUGUGAUCCAACUCAUCUCCCCAUCCCUGCAGAGAAACCUGUGACCAUGAGGAGCAGCCUGACCAUGGUGGGAACCCUCUGGGCCUUCCUGUCCCUUGUUACUGCUGUGACCAGUUCUACCAGUUACUUCCUACCUUACUGGCUCUUUGGAUCCCAGAUGGGGAAGCCAGUGUCAUUCAGCACAUUCCGGAGGUGCAACUACCCUGUGCGGGGAGAGGGACACAGUCUGAUCAUGGUGGAAGAAUGUGGGCGCUAUGCCAGCUUCAAUGCCAUCCCAAGCCUGGCCUGGCAGAUGUGCACAGUGGUGACAGGUGCCGGCUGUGCUCUGCUGCUCCUGGUGGCACUAGCUGCUGUCCUGGGUUGCUGCAUGGAGGAGCUCAUCUCCAGAAUGAUGGGACGUUGCAUGGGAGCAGCGCAGUUCGUUGGAGGGCUGCUGAUAAGCUCAGGCUGUGCCUUAUACCCUUUAGGAUGGAAUAGCCCGGAGAUAAUGCAAACAUGUGGGAAUGUCUCCAAUCAAUUUCAGUUAGGUACCUGUCGGCUUGGCUGGGCCUAUUACUGUGCUGGAGGUGGAGCAGCUGCAGCCAUGUUGAUCUGCACCUGGCUCUCUUGCUUUGCUGGAAGAAACCCCAAGCCUGUCAUAUUGGUGGAGAGCAUCAUGAGGAAUACCAAUUCUUAUGCUAUGGAGCUUAACCAUUGCCUCAAACCUUGAGCUUUGAAAGAAGAUUGGAGAGGGUGGGAAAGGGGAGGAGGGAGCCCCAAAAAGAGGUACUAAGGAUUAGGCCAUUUGUCAUCUGACUGUCAUUAGCAUAACCUAGUGUUUACAUGCUUUUUAAACUAAUUGUCGUUCAUUUUCACUUAUCUUUAAGCCAGUAGGUCACUGGCUGUUUAUAAAAUUCAUCAGAGGAAACAUUCUCAGACAUUUACCCAACUGGCAAGUCGUGCUAACCCGAAGACCCAAAGUACCCCUUUAUGCAAAAUAGGAUCCAAAGCUAAGGCUGGGUAAGAAUAGUUGUGCAGGGAGGGAGCAUGAGAUGGGCAGAGCUGGUUCCUACCACUCCAUUCACACAGUUCAUCAGUUCAUUCCCAAGUAUUUAUUGUCACCCCCAAACAUCUCUGGAGUACUACUGCUCAAUUUUUGUGUCGUUAUCAGGAGUAUACCUUGGCUCUUCCUUUUUUUCUCCUGCUUCCCCCCACACCUUGUGGGGAAGCUUCAGGGGAGCAGGGGAGGGUGAUUCCCAGUGGUGGGGAAAACAUUAAUCAAGGAUACUUGCAUUUAGCCUGGAGCCCCUUCCUCAUUAUGCUUUAGAAUAUUCAUAGGAGUUCAAUUUGUAUUCUGGCUGGGUGAUGAGCAAAAAAAAUAUAUAGUAGCAAAUAUUCUCUCAUCCUUUAGAGAUAAAGAAAUGGUGUUCAUCAAAUGUACUGAGAAUAGACUAGCAUUUGUGGGGCACUCAAUAAAUUUAAAUUCAUGGUGACAGUGACAAGGAUGUUUCUGCUAGAUACUUAUUGAAAUUUCUAUCAGAGAUCAUUUUUAUUGACUAGGAAAUCCACAGUGGCCUUUUACCUCCUAUAGUCACUCCUAAUGUGACAUAAGUUCAUCUGCCUGUUUCAAAGACUGUUCAUCAAAUGAUCUCUCCUCCAUCUGGGGCGAGUUAGCCACAAAAGAACACAGCACUGAUGUCACCUAGGGCUGAUGUAUUUUUAGGCCUGGACUCCAUCCCAUCUGUGCUCAAGGUCGAUGGAUGGUGUAGAAGAACUUGGUGUCUCCUGGGGGCAGACUUUGUCUCGCUCCUCCCCCCCAGUUAAUUCAGGCCAGCUCUAUUGUUCCGUAACUACAGCUUUAGGGAAUCGGGAGGGCCCGUGAUUCAAAAGGCCAGCUCAUCUGUUUCUAUUCUUAAUAAUUCCAGCAUGGUUUUGGUACAGCACUACCUAGAGGGAUAGAAAAUAGAAAAAAACUGGCUUCAUAAGUUAUAUGCUAUCUCAUGAGAGGUCAGAGUUCUUAUAUUGGCUUUACAUAGGUAAGUGAAUUUAAAUGCUUCCUCCAUCUAUAGUUGAUUCAUUCAUUGAGUCACUCAUUUAGAAAACAUUUCUUGAGCAUGUUACUCUAUGACAGAUUCUGUGCUAAGUUCUGGGGAUAAAAGGACAAAGACAGUUUUUCACCUUAAAAGGGAUAGUGGUGAGGUAUUGAGAGACAUGUCAAUAAGUACUCGUCAGUGUAUUUAGUGCUAGAAAAGUGAAGAAGAGUAGCUAAAGGAUCACAGAGAAGCCAUUAAACCAACUUGGCAUGAAAGGGUUCAUGGGAAAGCAUCCUAGCAAAGAAGAUGGGUCCAAGAGAUGAAUAGCAGGAGCUUUGUUAGAAAA